CCGUGUUACAUCAUAAUGCAGCGUUGUAUCCUCCGAUGAAUUACUCAGCAUCUAGGUUAUUAUCAUCCCGAUUCCUAGGUUCUAUAAAAAAAUAUUUGCAACAACUCGAGUGGGCUGUCUAUGGGAAAUCAAUAAUGCAAGUCUGUUGUAGGAGUUAUUCAAAGCUGACAGAGGCCAUUUGCAGGCCUGAUAAUGGAGCAGAAAAAUGUUGAGAUGUUUACCUGCAAUCUGCAAGAUUCUCCUGUGGAAGUAUUUGGACUUGAUAGGGUCAGGUUGUCGUGGAUAGGCCUAGGCUCCUUAUCAACAGACGGAAUGUAUUACCGAGAUGGAAAAGUUUAUCAUUGCGGAGAGAUUGAUUGGGAAGAAAUUCAGUCUGCUCAGUUGGAGACAAGGCUUCCUGUUCACCGGCGUUCCCACCUACCUCCUCCAAAGAUCAACACCACGCUGUUGAGGUCUCCGGAGAAAAAGAAGUUGCCUCAUCUAUCUCCAACAUCUCCGACGAUCCGUGGCCUCCAAAUUGGGGACACGGUGUGCACAGAGGAUCACCGCAUUGGCACAUUAAAAUAUAAAGGAACUACACAUUUUGCUGCAGGGACUUGGGUCGGGAUCCAUUUACAGGAACCAAUUGGGAAGCAUGACGGAAAUGUUGAUGGUGUGCAAUACUUUGAAUGUGAGGAAAAUCAUGGAGUAUUUAUUUUAGCGAGUAAAGUUUACUUUGUAAAUAAUAAGGACGUAGGGUUGCCAGAUUGUCCUCCUUUAAGUCCAGACGAAAAGAAAUCGCAUCACAGCUAUCACUCAAGCAAAUUUAAAACCUUUGCAAAGGAGAAUUUUUCUCCAACAAAAUUUACCAGCAAACUUUCUCAAUCUUUAGUGAACUCAAAGGUCCCUCGACCAAAAACCCUACCAGUCUUUCAAAAAAAUGCAAAAGUAGGUUCAAAGUCAGACAAAUCGGAGGAAUUAUACAGAGUAGAAAUAUCACCAAUUGAAAAGGUGGCAAACAACAGCAAAAUUAGCUUCCAUGUUAGUAGCAUUGCUCCGGUAGAAAAGAAACUCACUGUUUGCGAUUUUUUAGAUGAUAGUAGCAAACAAGACAGAACAUUAAAUUCCAUAGAUUCAUCAACUGGUAAACAGUCUGACCAUUUUCAUGAGGAUUUGUGCAACUCUUACUUAAGCUCCACAUCACACGGACUUAAGUCUAUACCAAGUUAUACUGAUUUGUCAGGACAGUCACUGGAAAAUAUUAGUGAAUUUAAAACUCGGUUGGAACAGCCAUUUGAUAUUAGUACGCCAAAGAAAAAAAUUUUUGCUUCCCCAUACAAAUGUUCAGCAAAUGAAAUCACAUCAGACAAAGAAGUUGCUAGUAAUUUUGCGAGUAUUGAUGUAGUAUUAUCAAAAACCCCAUCAUCAAACUCACAACAAGGAAAUGAAUUUGCUUGUCACGUAAAUAAUAACACAUUUGAAGGCAAUCAACGUGAAGUAGCUUCUGAAUUGAUUGAACUGGAUGACUUAAGUUUGCAACCUAAAGUCUCAUCCUGUAGGGACUCAAACGUUGGAAAUAGAUUGGAACAUACAGUACCCGCACAGUGUCAAGGCCCGCUUCUUGGCGAUUCACCGACUGUGCCAUUGCCGGAUAUUGAACCAAGGACGUUGGAUAUAGAAUCCUUCGGGUUUGAUGUAAAUGAUGACGGGGAGUUCAGCGAGUUUCUUGCAGUGCCUUCAUUCCUUGAUUCUCCAAGUGGCCGUUGGAAAUUUGAUUUAUUAACCCCUGUUGAAUUUGCAAAAGUGCUUAAUGAAAGUGAUACGCUCAAUUUGUGGGAGUUAGAUCCACCAGAAGAACCAUAUGAGACAGAUCUGUAUGAGAAUUUAGAAACAAAUCGCGAAUGGGAAAAGCAUAAUAUAUGGGAACCCAUUACAAUAGUGGAAGAAGAAUUCUUAUCUGAUUCUUUUGAUGAUAAAGACGAAAAUAUUAAAGAAUCUAAUAUGGAAGCAGCUGGCACGGAAUCAUCAGAAAAAUCCCAUACUCAUACUCUUCCUGCCAGGAAUAAUAAUAAUGCAAACUCUUUAGAUAUUAUUCAAGAUGUGGAAGAGACAACUUUUGUGGUGGAUAAAUCCUAUGAACUAAAUAAAACAAUGGAUAUUAUAAAAGUUGAUUGUGGUAUUAAAGAAUCCUUGAAUACAACUUUCAAAUUAGAUGAAAAGACAAUCCAGGAUAAGGUUCAGGAAGAACCUCUUGUAGAUGCUGCUAAAGAAAAUUUUCCCACAGACUUUCCUGAGGAAAUUUUUAAUGAAGCACACAGACUUAGUCAGGAACUAGCUAAAGUAGAUUUCUUGCAAACUUCUACACCUCUGAAAAAAGAAGGUUUUGAAUAUGAUAAUAUGCCAUCGUUCUUAGAAACACCCUGUAGAAAGAGUGUUCUUGUGGAGACUGAAAUGGAAGUUGAGACUGGAGAUGCUGCGGAACAUGCAGUUAGCACUACUUUGGAAGAAGAUGUCAAAAGAAUGAGCCUUGAAGAUGUUCACAGUGAGGCUUCCAUGGAAACACAGUCUGCUAAAUCCUCUGAUUUAGCCAUGGUUACAGAUUGUCUGCCUGGAAGCAAAGAGAUGAAAGUCGAUGCUUGCAAUUCACAAGGUAGUAGCAAGAAAAACUCCAGGUCUGAGUUAUCCACAGUGAUAGAGGUAGAAAUGAUGAUGGUUGCGCAAGCUGAUCCAAAGUUAAGCAGUCGGAAUAAACCAGCUCCCAAGGAGAAAGACAAGGAAGAAGAAAACAAUAAUGAUGUCUCUGGUGUCAAGGAAAAGGCAGGAAUAGAGCAUUCAAAGCUACCAAGGAAGAGAACCCUCCAACAGCCAAAGACCACAACAAAGAAGCAUAUUGGUGAUGGCAGUGCAGAUGUUGUCAGCAGACUCUCCAAGACAAGUAAAUUAAUCCGCCCGUCUGUUAAUACUAAGGCCCAUGAUAAACAUGAUACCAAACGACAUAAUGAAACAUUUACAGAGAAUCCUGAUCAAGAGACAGAUGGUUCUGGAUCUCAUGGCAGUGGUGAUAACCUCAGUAAGAAGACCUACUCUCCCACCUCAUGGAAAGAAAAUAGGAAAUCUGGUGUUGACAAGAAAAGUAUGAUUCUACCCCGGAAGAAAAACAUCGAGCCUGGCAAACAACCAGCAACCUACGAGAAAGUUAAGAGCAGGAUUGAUGCAACAUGGAAGGCCCAGAACGCAGCGGCGGCAAAGGCUGGCGUUGCAGGUAAGCGCCCCCAGACAUUAGUAGAGUCCGUCCUCCGAGACCUUGAGACUCGAGGUAGUCUUUCCUCCUCAACUAGGAGUUUGAAAUCUGAUACAAGUGGAUCAACCCAACGACCCAGCAGUAGGGCCAGCUCAACAGAUACAAGCUCAAGAAGUUUUAAACCGAAAGCUGUAAAACGUUCAGAAUCGAUGCGGGAACGUCGUGCGAGCUCCACGAGUGCAACGUCUGAAACAUCGUACCGAUCAGGAGCAAUGAUUACCACAACUGAAAGUUCACGACAGAGUUCAAGAAGCGGCAGCCCUGAAGCCAAACCAUUAAAAAGGAGAGCAAUGCUCCAUUCAACUAAUAGAAGUUUUAGAAUUGAUACCAACAAGAAAAAAGCAACAACUUUACCAAAGAGUCGUUUAGUGAAGCUGAGUGCUGGUACCGGAGCUUCCAAAGUGCCUCUCAGUAAGGUUGUCAGCCAGCCGCUGCGAUCCAGGCACGGACCCGCAGACAAUCACCAACCGGAUAUUGCCCAAGUGAAAAGGGAGAAUGGAACUGUCUCUGGCGUGCCUACCAUCACAGGAAAGAGGAAGGUAACAACACGGAGAAAUAUUCACCUAAAAGAUCCCAACCAAGCAGUCGCCAAACCAACUAAAAUCAAACCUACAAUUCCGACCUCAACACCGCCUGACCUUCUGUCAACCUCCAUAGCGAACGAGACAGCAGCGGAGGAGAUCAAGCGGUUGGAAGCUCUCUGCGAAUCGAGGACCAAGGAGUUGAAUCUCACCAAGAUGCAGUUAAAGACAGGCCUCGCGGGAUUUGAUGCUUUUGCUAUUUUACUACAGCACCUCACACAUGAUAUGGAUGUGUUCUCAUGUUCAGACUUAAAAAUAAGAAUCAAUGAACUGGAAACUAAGUAUCAGGAAACUUGUACUCUAACUGGUGAGAGUAGAUAA